AGUAGUCAGUAGACGUUAUACGAAUAGCAGGAAUGUCUGUGUUUCUCGAACAGAACUUACGUAUCGCAGCGGCUAGAAAACAACUUUAACUGACAUCCGUCAGUUUCGCAUAUUAUUUUUACAAAAUUUAUCAAUUUAUUUCACGUUUUUCGAGUGAUUUUAACACAUAUCGUACGAUCCCAUUUGCCGGUAGUCUAGUGAUUAAGACAUACGGUGACCAUGGAGUUCCAGUUCAAUGUGAACGAGUAUUUUAAAAGGCCUAUUGUCGAGAUCGGCAAUACUUUGCUGCCCCCAGACUUCGUAGGAGACCGUAGGGCGUUGUGGAACACCGUAAAUAAAGUUGCAGAGAUAGUGAAUGAAAUGGGGGAAGCAUCCGCUCACGCACAAGGACUUAAUAAACCAAUUACCACAGCAGAGCGCCUGAGGCAGUCUGAUCAAAACCUCUACCUUCUAGUCGACAAUGAUGCAAAUAAUGGAAAUGGUGCGGUCACGGGAAUGCUGAAAAUUGGUAGGAAAGGAUUGUACGUAUUUGACCGGGAAGGCCAACACUAUCAGGUGACACCACCUUGUGUACUAGACUUUUAUGUUCACGAGAAGAGGCAGAGAAGUGGAUUAGGAAAGAAACUUUUCGAGUAUAUGCUGGAUAAAGAAAAUGUCAAACCCCAUAAUUUGGCCAUAGAUCGACCAAGCGAAAAGUUUCUCAACUUUCUGAAUAAACACUACUAUCUUCAGAAUCCCAUCAAGCAGAUGAACAAUUACGUCGUCUUCGACGGAUUCUUUCCCGAGAAUCAAAAAAAAGAACUCACGGAAUGUAGUCCGAUGAGUAGAACUAAUGGCUUACAAAGUACUCAGUCUCCUAACAAUCAACCUCUCUAUGGCCGGUAUGGGGCACCAAGACCCCCUUGCAGUAUGGGACAGAUAAUUCACAAUACAACUGCCCAAAAAAACAGUGAACCCACGAGUUCAAAUAAUUUCAAGAGUUCACAUGAUGUUAUGCAAAUGCAAAUUCCUUCGCAACAACAAGACAGACUCGAUAAAUACCCCGAUCAACACAAUGUAACUAAUUAUGAACAACAAACAAAUAUGGCCCACCGAAAUUCGCAACUAUAUCAAGAAUACCCGAAACAAGAGGAGUGUCACAAUUCAAAGCAAGAGGUGAAAAAUAAUAUGCAUAUUACAAAACAAUGCGAUUUGCAAAAUCCAAUCAGAAUGUUUCCAGAAAAGGAAACUCAUUCGGGGAAUGCGUCGUACGUAGGAAACGUUGUACCACAAAGUGAACAAAAUGUAGGUAACGUUUGGCCAGCACAAAAUAACCCUCAACAGGUUUAUCCAAUGACGGAGAUUAUUCUAAAUUCUCCUCAUGAGCCAUGGGGUAAUCAGAAGUAUCCAACUUCUCAUUCAAAUUACAAAUAUCAACACCAAAACCAGCAAAUUGAUCAACAGCUUACUAUGAUUCCGCAAGGUGGAAGCAGAAAUGAGUCUAAUAUUCAGCAAGAUAUUCCGAAUCAACAACAUCAAAAACAGAAUGAAAUGGCACAACCAAUUGAUCCACAGAAUAAUCAGAUGAGUUAUACUGCACAGCAACAUCCGACUCAGCAGUUUCAACCCAUUCACUAUCAACAUCAAAAACAAAAUGAAAUGGCUCAACCAAUUGAUCCACAGAGAAAUCAGAUGAGUUAUACUGCUCAGCAACAUCCAACUCGGCAGUUUCAACCUAUUCACUAUCAACAACAUCAAAAACAAAAUGAAGUGGCUCAACCAAUUGAUCCACAGAAUAAUCAGAUGAGUUUUACUGCUCAGCAAAAUCCGACUCAGCAGUUUAAACCCAUGCACUGUCAACAAUAUCAAAAUCAAAAUGAAAUGGCUCGACCAAUUGAUCCUCAAAAUAACCAGAUGAGUUAUACUGCUCAGCCACAUCCAACUCAGCAGUUUCAAUCUAUUCACUAUCAACAACAUCAAAAACAAAAUGAAGUGGCCCAACCAAUUGAUCCUCAAAAGAACCAGAUGAGUUAUACUGCUCAGCCACAUCCAACUCAGCAGUUUCAACCCAUUCACUAUCAACAAUAUCAAAAAGAAAAUGAAAUGGCUCAACCAAUUGAUCCUCAGAAUAAUCAGUUGAGUUAUAAUGCUCAGCAGUCUCAACCCAUUCACUAUUCUACCAUAUCUUAUAACCCGCAACAAGGAGCAUAUCAGGAAAUCCAAAAAACACAAGCAGACACAAGCUUUUCUAAUAAGGAAUCACAUCAAAACCCUAUUAGUAGUCCGCAAUAUGACAACCAAAUAGGACACACUUAUUCAUCUCCACAACACUUUAUUCCUGAGCAAAAUUUAUUGCAUCCGCAACAAUACCAACACAAUCUGCAAGCAAGGUACGGAACCACUAACAAUAUAACUCAGCAAAGUGGGCCAGAACAACAAUAUCCACAAAAAUUACAAUAUCGGCCACCAAUUCAGUCUUCUAACGAAUCAUAUCAAAAUACAUCUCAGGAGCAAAAUUCCCAAUAUAUCAUCGAUAAUCAACAAAAUCAUCAAUAUCAAAAAUCAAUAUCGAAUGUUCCUAUUCAUCAUGUGAAUCAACAAAGUGCACCUCCACCAACGUAUCCAUCAGAAGCAUUGCUUCAACGAAGACCACUCCGAACGGAAAAUCAUGAAUAUCAAUUUAUUUCCCAGAAACCUCAAAGACAACAAUAUCAGCCUUCCCAAAUACGUCAAGUACAGAUAAACGACGCUAAAACUCAGUUGAAAUCAGAAACUGUGCAUUCGUUACUCCAAGUCGAUCCGAAAUAUUUCAAACCGGAUCCUAUCCAAUUGAAGCAGCCAUAUAAUGUUGUACCAGAAUGCCCUACUGCCCGCAUUAAAAAUGAUGAAACUGUAGCUUCGCUUUUGAAUGCCGAGCAGGAGUUCUUUGAGAACGGUUUGCUCCGCGACAAAUAUAGAGUUUCUUCUCGACCAGCGUAUGCAAAUCAUUUACCAUCGCAACAUGAAGAAGAAGGUUAUCCAAGACAAGUUCAAGUGGCACGAGACAAUAGACACUUCUAUCCACAGAAUCAGUUGGCAACACAAGCACUUUCCCAGCAAAUCAGCAAUCCUAUUCCACAAGCUAUACAACAGAAAUCCUUUCAAGAAAACUAUCGAGUUCAACGGCAUUCUGGCCAUACGGAGAAUUUCGGUAAUCAGCAGAAUGUACAACAAAGUGAAAAUAUGCAUCAGCAGCUUGUUCCUAGAAAUUUGCUUCCUCAGGAGCAAAAGUCGAAUAACCCCUUCGAAUCACAUAUUUCAGAACAGAAUAAACUUAACCAACAAUACACCGCUAUGGAUCCAUCGAGUCAACAACCUCAGAGUUAUAUUGUUGACCCUAAUAAUUUACAAUACAGAGAACAACAAAUGACUCCUAUGAAUCAAUAUGGCUCUCAGCCACAACCUCACAGUUAUUAUCAGCAGCCAUUUACACCUACCCAACAGUUCCGAUCAUCACAAAUAUCUUCAGAAAAACCUACCGAACGACAAUCUCGCGAAGCAGAGAAUCAUAUAAAUAUUCAAGAUAAGGAGGGACAUUCUAUAACUCAGUAUCGCGCUCUUGCGACAAGUGAACAAAGUCCCAUGAAAUCUGAACGAGAACAUCCACAAGCAUGUCAUAGUGAUUCAGUUGAUGAAAAAUCUUCUGGUGAAAAACCAACGGAAAUUAAAGUAGAUCCGAAAGAUUCCCCAGCGACAAUUAGACAGGGUUCCUACAUUGCGAAUGAUUUUGUUACACAUUCCGAAGGACCAAAUAGAAUAUCCACACACCCAAAAUCAAAGUUGAGUGAUGAAGAAUGUGUUACUAGGAAGAAGGAUAUCAGUAGACAAUAUGGUUUGAAUGAAGUUGAUAUGAGAGGAAAGAGUUACAAGUCAGCUAUUAUCAAAAGACCAACUGUCACUAUGCCAUCAGUAGUAGCAGACUCUGUGCAAUGUUCACCCAAAUUAGAGCGUCCUAAAUCAUUAGAAAUACAGACAGAGAUUUCGGUACAAGAGCCUCAGGUACCACAAGAAAUGAGAAUAGUUGAGGAUGAUGAGAGCUUGCAAGAACCAGACAUAAAACCGGAUCUAGAGAAACUCACAAUGAAUGAUCCUUCAGCUGAACCUCCAGAGCACAGCGACAAAGAAAGUGGUAAAAAGACGCCUAGGCAUUUAACCGAUCAGGGUUAUUUCGAUCUGAAAUUUUAUCAUAACAAAUUAUGGUGAAUCUUGAAUUGUUUGAAAAGAUAGGUACUUACAUUAUAUGUCUUCUAAUUUUAAAGCUGUAUCAAUUUAACGUAAUCUAAUAUAUAUUCAUAAAAAUUA